AUGUCUGACCACGAAGAAGUUUCCGUCCGAGGAGGCUACAACACUCCGGUCCCCGAGUUGGACGAUCACCGUCACCAGGUUUCAUCGGUCCAACGACUAGAGAGGCCUCGGCGAGGCACUGUCGACACCCUCUAUGGAUCUAGGAACGACCUGCCAGUGUCGCCUUCGGAUAUUCGUGUCCGCGACUUUGAGGAAGCUAUUGUUGACAUUGACGAGGAUGGCGGUGAUUUGUCCCCGACCAUUCCUCGCAUCCGUCGUCCCACUGUGGAAACAAACCGAUCAGUGUCUCCUCCCAACUCUGUCAAGGCAUUCGCCGAGGCGCGCCGCCGCGAGCGCCUUUAUUCCAUGUCAUCGGACACACGGGACAAGGGAGAUGGCGAUAAGUUGCAAAGAACCUUGUCGACUGCCAGUCGCCGUAGUGACCGCACCCAUAGGUCUGGCCCCUUGACUGUCGAGAAUGACAGAGUCAGUUUGACCUCGAACAAAUCGGCCGAGGACGACGUCUGUUUCCCCAUGCAGGAUGAACAUCGACGGGAUGAGCUGUAUAUCGAUUUUGAAUAUCUCGAGAACUUCAUUGAGUCUGACGAGAUUGAGCGCGGCGACACCGAUGGAGCUGUUCGAGUCUUCCCCAACUUACAGCCCGACCCGGCUAUUCCUAGCGCCUCACCAAUGAUCACUGUCGAUGGCGACUUUGUUAAUCCUCCGGUCCCGGAGUCACUUGCCGAUGAGAAGGGCGAGGUUCUGAUGUCAUCGGGGGCCUCUCAGGCUCCGGCUCGUGAACAUUACGACCCUAAUCGUUUCAGCUUCUUUUCAUCAACUUGGGAGUCGACUAUUCAUGCUGCGUCCUUUGGCGGCCUGGUUCUUCCUGGUGAAUCCGUGCGGGGCCUGUUUUCGUUCCCCGAAGAUGAGCAAGACGGAGUCUGGUGGUUGAACAUCAACAAUCCCACAGAGGACGAGGUCCGGGCUAUUUGCAAGGCCUUUGGAAUUCACCCUCUGACGAUUGAAGAUAUCACGGUGCAGGAAACCCGGGAGAAGAUUGAACUCUUCCCAUCGUACUACUUUGCCUGCUUUCGCUCCUUCACCGUCAUCCAGGAGGAGGACGGCCCUGACUACGAGCCGUACAACAUCUACACCAUCGUCUUCCGCGAAGGUACACUGAGCUUUAGCUUCCAGCCCAACGAGCACGCAAAGAAUGUCCGUGGAAGAAUCACCAUGUUGAAGGAUUACCUUUCACUGAGUAGUGACUGGAUCUGCUAUGCUUUGAUCGACAAUAUCGUUGAUUCAUUUGCUCCUGCGAUCCACCGGAUCGAACUUCAGACGGAGUCAAUUGAAGACUCGGUUUUCAUCGCCAGAGCCGAAGACAUGCACACUUUUCUACGCAAGAUAGGAGCCGUUCGAAAGAACACACUUGGUCUCAUGCGCAUCCUGGGUGGCAAGGCUGAUGUCCUCAAGGGUUUUGCUAAGCGAUGCAACGAAAAUUAUAGAGUCACGCCCAGAAUGGAUAUCGGCAUGUACCUGGGUGACAUUCAAGACCAUGUGGUCACAAUGAUGACCAACCUGACGCACUUCGAGAAGAUUCUGUCACGGGCGCACAGCAACUACCUCGCCCAGUUGACUAUUGACAGUAUUACUCAAGGCACCAAGACGAACGAAGGCCUUGCCAAGAUUACCUUCCUGGCUUCUGUUAUUGUCCCCCUGAACGUGAUCACCGGUCUCUUCGGCAUGAAUGUCCAGGUUCCUUGGCAGUCAGACAGCAGCGAGAAUCUGAAUGCAUUUGGGGGCAUUGUGGCCACUAUGGUGACGUUUUCGCUGCUGGCGCUGUAUAUCGCCAAGCGGGCCAAGUAUAUCUAG